AUGAGUAGAGGGAACGGUGAUAAUGAUAAACAUGGGAUCCGAAUUCCGGGGGUCAUGUUAGACCGGAUUAAAAGGGAAGAUGGUGAAGAGGAAGACUCGAGAUUUCAGCCAACCUCAUCUCAUAAUGGGAAGAAGAGAAAGCAAGGUCCAACAUUAUCACGGAAGGAGAAGAGGAAACAAGAAAGAGAGUCAAAGAAACAAAAAAGAAGUCAGGGUAAACAAAAGUCUCUAGUUACCCCAACGAAAGGAAGGGGCUCUGCUGAAGUGUUAAAUAAGAAGACAUUGGUAAAGAAGACAUCUGUGACGACAUCAGGGAAAAAGUCUGUAAAGUUUGAAGAUGAAGACCAUGAAGACAACCACGAAGAAGACCCCUUGGCCCAAUUGGCAAAGUUAAAGACUAAAAAGAACGCCAAUGGUAUCAGAGUUGUUAAACAGAGUGAAUUGGAUGUUGAAGAUUUUGAAGUUGACAGUGAAGACUUUGGUGACGAUUUCGAUGAAGACUUUGAUGACAGCUUUAAUGACGGCGAUGAUGCUUCAGAUCCUUUGACUGCACUAGCUAAUUUAAAAGGUAAGAAGUCCAGUGCUGAAGUCCGAAUUGUUAAGGAAGGUGAUAUUUCAGAUAAUAGUUCUAAGGAUGGCGUUGAAGAUUCAAUGGAUGGUUUUGAUGACGAAUAUGACAAUACUUCUGAUCCUUUGGCAUUACUUGCUGCAAUGAAGAAGGGUAAGAAAUCAAGUUCAGAAGAUGUUAGAGUCGUUAAAGAGGAAGACUUGGACGAUGACUCACUUGAUGAAGAUGAUUCUGUUAAUAGUGAUUCCAUGGAUGAUAAAGAAGGUGACUCUGAUUUUGAAGGAUUUGGAAGCAAUGAUGAAACUGAAGCCAACCCACUCGAACAGUUGAAGAAACUCAAGGAGCAAAAGAAUACUAAACCCAAGAAACAAGAUGCAGUCAAGUUUGAAAUAACUCCGGAUCAAAGGGAGUUGAUGAGACGAGAUGAAGACGAUAUGGAAUAUUAUGCAAAGAAACUUGGUCUCAAAAAAGGGAAGAAAGAUACUUUGAAGAAAAUUGAUGACGAUGAUAUUCUUGGUGGGUUGCUUGAUGGGUUAGACUUUGACUAUCUUGAAUAUGAUGAAGCUGAAGAUGAACAAAAAGAACAGGAUGAACUGCUUGAUGAAGAGGAUGAACUGCUUGACGAUGAUGAUGACGAUGACACUCGUAGAGUCAAAGAGAAUCCGUAUGUGGCACCUUCACAAGAUGGUAACUCAGCAGAAACCGAUGAGGACGGAAGUUCUGCCCGUUCCAGAUACAUACCGCCUGCACUUCGGCGGAAAAUGGCAUUAGAAGGGCAAGGUGACAGUGAAGAAGUUAUCCAACUAAAAAAAGCCAUUAAAGGUCCUUUAAAUAAACUUUCAGAGGCUAACCUUGCAAAUGUAAUUGGCGAUAUUAAUGCCUUGUAUUUAUCCAACCCAAGACAAACCGUCAACGAGAUCCUAACUGCUGCCAUCUUAGACAGUAUCAUCCUGCAAUCCAGAUUAUUGGACAUGUUUGUAUAUCUACAGGCUGCACUUAUAGCCAGUAUCACCAAACUACAGGGAGUUGACUUUGGAGCCUAUUUCAUCCAGACCAUAGUUGAAAAGUAUGAUUUGACCAAAACAGACUCUUCUAAAACAAAGGAGACUCUAAACUUGAUUUCCCUCUUAUCAUCGGUGUUUAUGUUCCAGGUGAUUCUGUCGAGAUUGCUCUACGACAUCAUCAAGGAAUUGAUUGAACAGUUGGACGAACGGAAUGCCGAACUCUUGCUCAAGAUAUUGAGAGUGGCAGGGACACAAAUGAGAUCUGAUGACCCCACGGCACUAAAAGAGAUCAUCUUACUUAUCAAUAAGAAACAGGCACUGAUGAAUGAUGACAUUUCCACUAGAACAUCGUUCCUUCUUGAAACCAUCACCAACUUGAAGAACAACAAGUUAAGGACUGACGACAACACCAUCAAGUUAAUCUCUCGAAUCAAGAAGACCAUCUCUUCUCUUGGCCAUGAUUCGGACCCCAUCCAAGUCAACGUGGACGACAUCAGAAAUGUUGACUCCAGAGGUAAAUGGUGGUUGGUGGGGUCUGCCUGGAAGGGGCAUGUCAACGACAAUGUUGCAGCAAAAGAUGAUACUAACAUCAAUGAGACUGCAAUCAACGAUGCCUUGGACUCAGCUGAACCCAAUUGGAUGGAACUUGCUCGUUCACAGAGAAUGAACACCGACAUCAGAAGGGCAAUCUUCAUCUCCAUCAUGUCGGCGAACGACUUUGUUGAUGCUAUGACCAAACUCGACAAGCUUGGGUUAAAGAGAGCUCAAGAACGGGAGAUCCCUCGGGUCUUGGUCCAUUGCACUGGUCUAGAACCGGCCUGGAACCCAUACUACGGCAUUUUGGCGUCCAAAUUGUGUGACAGUCACUCGUACAGAAAGACGUUCCAGUUUAUGCUUUGGGAUGUGAUCAAGGAAUAUGACACGUCACAUGGUGGCAACAACUCUGAUAAUGAAGACGAAGACUUUUUGGGGUUUGAUUAUUCAGAAGACGACGAGGACAUCAAACUUCGGAGAAUUCUUAAUUUGGGUAGGUUUUUUGGGUUUUUGUUUGCACGUGGCUCCUUGUCACUACACGUGUUGAGAACAGUCAACUACUUGACUCUUAGUGGUGACAGUCUUUUGUUCCAUGAAGUUUUGAUGGUGAGUUUCUUGGAUAAUGUUGCAAAAAUGUCGCAGAUCAAUUCUGUGGGGUCUGGUAUCGGAAAAAUGUCGUCUUCCUCAGAUCAAAGAUACUCCGAUGCGACAUUAAUUGAUAGACUCUUAAAGGCUAAAGAACAGCCAGCACUCUUACGAGGUUUGCAACGGUUCUUGGAAACCAAAGUGGUCAAGAGUGAUGUCAUCAAUGGGAAGAAGCAAAAGAAACGUAUUGAGUGGGGGGUUAGGGCCCUGACAGACAUUAUUGAUGAAUUAUUACGACACUCCAAAGAUAACUUCUGA